UGAAGAACAUAUGUUUUAUUGUGCACAUUAUCUGAGAGGUGUUCAUUAUCUCGGGACUCGGGGUAACGAGAAGUUAAUCAAACAGUCGAAAUUGACAUUAAUUACAAAUUUAUAAUUUUUUAUUUUAAAUAAAUAGUUUUUGUUUUUAAUUCGUUUCUUGCUUCGGAUCACAAUUACUGUUCUUUUUUAUUGCUAAGAUAAAAAUUGGCACGUAUCAAAGAGCAUAAUAUAUAACAUAAACUCAAGAAAAUACAUUUCACAGUAUGUCUGGAGAUUAUUAUUCCAUAUUAGGAGUUCCUUCAAAUGCUUCAAUAAAUGAUAUUAAAAAAUCCUACAGAAAAUUGGCAUUGAAAUGGCACCCUGAUAAAAAUCCAGAAAACCAGGAACAAGCAAACAGAAUGUUCAAAGAAAUUUCUGAAGCCUAUGAAGUCUUAUCUGAUGAGGUGAAGCGAAAGUUGUACGAUGAACAGCGUAAAAGAAAAGCGUCCGCAUCAUCCAGACCGUUCUUCUACAACUUCUUUGAAAGCCCGUUCCAUCGUUAUUUUGAUAAAAAACGUAAAAUUUAUAACCAAUAUGGCAAGGAUGGUUUGAUUAAUGGUGGUUCUGGAAAUGGUGGACGACGCAGAAAUCAACGACAUCCUGGUCAUUAUGAUCCAUUUGGUCAAGACUUUGGACCUGGUUUCUUUAGCUUUUCGUUCCGAGAUCCCGAAGAUGUAUUCAGAGAAUUUUUCAACACAUCAGACAUAACAGAUCUUUUAUUCCCUGGUCAAAGGUUCAAUGGACAUGGACAUCAAGAAGUGUCUGCAAUGAUGAAUCCAUUUGGAUUUGGUGGUUUUGGAGGUGGUUUUGGUUCUGGAUUUGAUGGUAUGUUUUCUAUGGCAAAUGCCGGAUUUCCUAGCAAUGGCGUUAAUGGAGGAAGUAGUGUGAAAAGAACAUCAAUAUCUACCCGGUUUGCAAAUGGGAAAAAAAUUACUACCAAAAAAAUAUCCGAAGCUGGCAAAGAAAUAGUGGAAACGUAUGAGAACGAUAUGCUCAAAUCAAAAACCAUAAAUGGUGUGGCACAAGCGAUCACGUACGGCCAUUAGCUUGAUCUCCUCUCCUCUCACCACACUCUCUACUAUAAAACCAUUAAUAAGCGGAUAUUUAAAAUUGUAUGUUGACUAUUGUAUUUAAAUUAAACAGAAGAAUAAAAUACUAUUCAUUUU